GGAAGGGGUCUCUUUUUUUUCCUCUUUAAAGGGAGUUUAGUGUGAUAUUUCGGGGAGAUCCGGAGGCAGCUGUACCCCCCUCAGUGCAGGCUCCUUGGAACCCACCAACGUCAAGAUGGAGCCCGACCACAGGCCGGUAUCAGAGAACAUCAUCAGCCUCACCCUGGAGAUCGUCUUCCUGCUGACCGGCGAGGACUACAAAGUGGUCGGAAAGUCCAGUGAAUUCGCCAAUAAAGGUAUCCUCGGGCCCAAAGGGGCGUGCAGUGCCAAGAUGCCGACGCUGUCGUCCCGAUCGGUGAUGGCGGACAAGAAGGUUCUGGAGGUCAGCAACAAGAUCAUCCACCUACUGACAGGAGAGGUGUGGAGGUUCUUGGGACACGCGGCUGUGUUCGAUGAUGUGGUGAAGGAGAAUCUGCAGACCGUCAACUCACCUGGUUCCUCAGAAGUCUUCUACAAUAAAAUGACUCGGGCCACCAUCAAGCAGGAGCCCAUCUUGUUUGAGGAAGGAGACCUUCCCCGUGCCGAUAUCUCCGAGCCGUCUGAUGACACAGAAGCAACCGGUCGAUUGACGGAGAAGACAAUUGCGCCUCGUCUCGGGAGGUCGCCGAACAACGUUGAAGGACACACGCAGACGCAAAGUACGUCCAAGCUUAAGGCGGAGCCCCAAGUCCGCGAAGAAGAGAACAUCUGCAAGUCUCCGGCGGUUUGA